GCGCAAGCGCACUGCCGCUACUUAGUAGGAGUUAGCUGUGUAAUGGCGGCUGCUGUGGUGUUGUCGGCUGAUAGCCCCGCUCCUGCCUUUGCAGGCGGUGGUGUCGGAGUUGGGGGAAGCAAUUUUGGGCCAGCAGGACCUACAUCGUGGAGCCGUUCUUUGGACCGGUCGUUAGAGGAGGCGGCAAUCACUGGUUCGCUAAACCUAUGCGGCAGGAAGCUGAAGGAGUUUCCCAGAAGUGCCAACAAUCACGAUUUGAGCGACACGACUCGAGCUGACUUAUCUCGAAAUAGACUGCCUGAACUGCCACCUGAAGUAUGCCACUUUGUGUCCCUAGAGAGCCUCAACCUCUAUCAGAAUUGCCUGCGACAGAUUCCAGAUGCUGUUCUUAAUCUGCAGAGUCUAACAUAUUUAAAUGUUGGUCGAAACCAGCUGUCCACUCUGCCAGCUGCCAUUUGCUGCUUGCCUCUGAAAGUACUGAUUGCCUGUAAUAACAAGCUAGUAUCUCUGCCUGAGGAGAUUGGGCGUCUUCAGCACCUAACUGAGCUGGAUGUGAGUUGUAAUGAGAUCCAGACGUUGCCUACACAGAUGGGCCAGUUAGAAGCGCUUCGGGAUCUGAAUAUUCGUAGAAACCAUGUGGUUCGACUUCCUGAAGAGCUGUCAGAGUUGCCCCUUGUCCGAAUAGACUUUUCCUGCAACAAAAUAACAAGCAUUCCAGUGUGCUACAGAAACCUAAGACAUCUACAGACCAUUACGCUGGAGAACAAUCCUUUGCAGUCCCCACCUGCACAGGUUUGUAUCAAAGGGAAGGUUCACAUUUUUAAGUUUCUGAACAUGGAGGCCUGUAGAACUGCACCUGAUUUGCCAGAUUAUGACAGAAGACCAAUGUCUUUUGGUUCUUGCCAUGAAGAUCUAUUCCCCAGUCGGUCGUAUGGUGCCCUGGACUCUGGGUUCAACAGUGUGGACAGUUGUGAUAAGCGGUGGUCUGGUAAUGAGCCUGCUGAGGAGUUCUCAGAUCUGCCUCUGCGUGUUGCCGAAAUUACCAAGGAGCAGCGGCUUCGUAGAGAGAGUCAGUACCUAGAAAAGCGGUCUGGUGUGACAGUAUCUAAUGGAGGAGUGGAUCAUGAUCUAGAACAGAUUGACUUCAUUGACAACUGCCCCAUUGAGGAGGAAGAAGAGAAGGCACGUACCCCUAAAGGGACUGAACCAGACAGUCUCAGUUCACAGUUCAUGGCCUAUAUUGAACGUAGAAUCAGUCAUGAGGGCAAAGCUAGUCCUUCUCGUGAUGGGGCACGAACAGAAGACUCACGGAGAUUUGCUACCCAGCAUGUCAGGAGGAAUCUGGCAGAUGGGGGAAGUACAUCAUCGUUUGGUGUCCAAAGCCAGUGCUCAAUGCGUAACCAAUCCAGUUUGGAGCAGGCAAGGCGUGAGGCUCAGCUUGCAGCACUCCAGUAUGAAGAAGAGAGACAGCGUACCAGACAGAUCCAAAGGGACGCAGUUCUCCACUUUGUCAAGCACAAAGCUGCUCAGAGCCCUUCGAAGCUGAGCCCCACAGACAGUGAGUGCCCUUCCCCAUGCAGACGCUCACAGCACACCGAUGACUCUGCUCUGUUAGUGAAUGGCUAUCAGCCUCUCAUGGUAUUCGAAAUAGACAGUAAUACCAACACGAUUAAGAGGAGACCAGAAACACACAAGCAGAGUGAAGACAGAUCUGCCCUCUCUCCAGGAUCGCCCUUUACCGCCUCAGCCCUCCAUUCACCCACCUACCCUGUGGCCCUACCCUCCCAUCGAAGCCAUUCUCAACGUCCAGAAAACUUCCUGAUGCGUGCAGCCUUGAGAGACGAGCUGAGAAGAGGAGGAGGGGGAGGGCUGUCCAUGUCCCCAGGCUCAGAUGUGGAAUGUGUCACUGAUGUACAGAGGGAUUCUGUCCCCAUUGGGAACCCUCAGCUUGCAGAACAGCUUCGCAAGAAUAUUGAGUCCCGGUUGAAGGUUUCACUGCCCAGUGACCUGGGCUCAGCCCUCACUGAUGGAGUGGUACUAUGCCACCUGGCCAAUCACGUACGACCACGGUCAGUGUCCAGCAUUCAUGUGCCAUCCCCUGCAGUGCCCAAGCUGACCAUGGCCAAGUGUCGACGCAACGUAGAAAACUUUCUUGAGGCAUGUCGCAAAAUUGGAGUGCCACAGGAGAGAUUGUGUUCCCCAGAGGCAGUCCUGGAGGGGGAUUCAGAACGCCUCUGCCAAACUCUGGAAGUAUUACUCUCCACCAGUCCCUCCCCUGCUGCCCCUCUUUCAGACCAGCUGACAGGAUUUGCUCUCUUUUAUGUCACUGUGAUGUCACUUCUCUGUGCCCUGUAUUUUCAGCUGGCCCUCCUCCUCUAGCUGCGAAAUUUUAUUCAGAUGAUCUCUUGCUGGAGCUGCUUCUUUCCUUUAACUACUGUCAAAGUCCACUACCUCAGGGCUUUUAUCCCCACCCCAAACAGAAUGCUAGAAUGACUGCCGUAUCCUGUGGGAUCCCUGGUCCUCUUGUCACAAUUUUAUAGCUCACUACCUGAGAGGUCCAUUGCACAGACCCCACAACUUACUUCAUUUUGGAUUGGGCUGUGGAUGAGGCGUUAAUAAGUGGUCAUAUUGUGCCCCCUGAGUGGAAUCAAUCUUUCAGGGACAUAUAUUGACUUGGAAUUUUGUUACUUGUUUCAGUGCCUUGUGUUGGUCCCUUUUGUUUACAAGUGAACAUAUGGGGUGUGUGAUAUGGGGAUGCAGAACACUGUGAGGGUUGAGCACUAGUGUGUCGUGAGUUUGCUGCAUCUCUUGAGACUUACGGAUGCCUGCAUAUGCGAGUGAAUAAGCACAUUCAGGAUGCCUGAGCAUGAACAGUGAAAUGUGAGUGGGUGUGACUUGGUUCUUUUCGUUACCUAACUGCACUCUUUUAAAUAAACGUGAGAC